AUUAUUACAAUCCGAACAGUUGGCCAUAGCCACCGCAUUGACUUACACCGUCGUCUCCUGACGGCCGCGAAUGUUAGCGCCAAAUGUCGUUAUUUUUCGACGAACAAAUUAUUUCGGAUUGGUGAUUUUCCGAAAUUUUGGUUCCCUCGUUUAACAUCUAUUGAUGACAAGAGAAUAUCACGAAAUCGCAACUUUCGUUAGUAUAGCGUUGUGCACGUUGAAAACAUAAUUGACGUUCGGUGUGCACACUCAAAAACAGAAUGGCCAUCCCGGAAAUAUGUAACGCCGAAAAAAUGAUAGGUUCCGAGUUACUGUACCUGGAUGCCGUUGGGUUCCAAGAGAAGAAGAGACCGUUGCUAAAGGUCGACACGUUGGAGGAACUUAAGCCGAAAAAAGGAAGUUCGUUCAAACAAAUAGUCGUAGCGCUGGCUGCUAACGUUGGUACCAUGAACACCGGUCUCGUUUUUGGGUAUUCUGCUGUGAGUCUACCACAAUUGCAAGCAAAAGGAUCUCGUUUGCUCAUAAACCGACACCAAGCCUCGUGGAUAGCGAGUGUAUCGACUAUUGGAACUCCAUGCGGAUGCAUUCUUAGCGGUUAUCUCACCGAUUUAGUAGGACGCAAAAAAACUCUCUUGUUCACACAGUUACCCGCCAUCAUUGGAUGGAUAAUGAUAGGUUCUGCGACGUCAGUAGAGUGGAUAUAUGUGGGUAGAUUUUUGGCCGGCCUUAGUUCCGGUAUGAUAGGUGCGCCUUCCAGGGUGUACACAUGUGAAGUGUCGCAGCCACAUCUCCGAGGUGUGCUUUCGGGAUUCGCAUCCGUAGGAACUUCUCUAGGAGUGAUGUUGGAGUAUUUGGCUGGCUCAAUAUUAGACUGGUAUACGUUAGCGUACUUCAACGCUUUAUUAUCGACAACUGCACUGUGUGCGGCAUUUUUCAUACCGGAAUCGCCAUCGUGGUUGAUAUCGUCGCAAAAAGACGAAAAAAGAUGCAAGGCUAGCUUGAAGAGAGUCAGGGAUAGCACCUGUGACGUGGACGUCGAAGUUAAUAACUUGGUAACUUUUUCAGAAAACAACACAAAACUAUCCGCAAAGAAAAAAUUAAAGAUGAUCUGCCAGGCGUCUACCGUAAAGCCGUUUUUAAUACUCACCACUUACUUUAUCCUAAGUCAAUAUUCUGGACUAAAUGUAGUCACCUUCUACGCCGUUGACAUUAUCAAGGACUCUGGGUCUACGCUGGACAAGUAUGUGGCUACAAUAUUGUUGGGUGUAAUCCGAUUACUGUUUACCGUAAUCGGUUGUAUGCUGAUGUGGAGGUUCGGCCGCAAGACUCUUUCCUACGUAUCAAGUAUCGGAUGCGGUCUUUCUAUGGUGUGCUUUGGCGGAUACAUGGUUCAACACGACAUUUGGAAGUCACAAGGGAUAACGCCUCGCGCUACUUGGGUGCCGGUCAUGAACUUAUCAACAUUCUACGCAGCUUCGACUAUAGGUUAUCUGAUCGUGCCAUGGGUGAUGAUCGGCGAAGUUUACCCAAAUCAAGUCCGAGGAGUGGUCGGAGGGUUGACUACGUGCGUUGGCCACUUUUCGCUAUUCGUAGUGCUUCAGACUUACCCGAUUUUCCAAGAACAUUUCACGAAACCCGGCACGUUUUUCAUUUACGGUGUUGUAGCUCUUAGCAGCACGUUGUUUAUCUACUUGUACUUGCCGGAGACCAAAGGUAAAUCUUUGCAGGAAAUCGAAGAAUCGUUUGUGAAAAAAAAGAAACCCGACAUUGGCAAUAAAGUCGUUGUUCCCGACAUUGUCAAUAACUUGCCAAAAGCUGCACCGAACGUGGUUGUAUAAACACUUUCAGUUCGUAGUAGUCAGUUGAAGUUAUAAGGAAAUUUCUCUGUAAUUAGUUCCUUUAAAUUUGAUCUUGAAUUUUACUUGACUUCGGUGUCUUCUAAUAUGGCUAAUGUAACGAGGUGUGCUCAAUAUUUAUGCAGACCGAGUGUCUUAAAUAAAACGUCAUUAAGUAUUAAAAUUUGGAGACUUCAAAUUUCGUAUAGGUUAUUCAAAUGUUUAUCUUUUAACGUUUUACUAUAAUUGUUUAAUUUUUGUUGGCAAGUACAUUUAGUUUAUGAUUACUUUACCUAAUAGUUUCUAGAUGUUUCUUAAGACUGAUUUAACAAAAUUAUUUAUUAUUGCUAAAGAAAAUAAUAAUUUUACAGUUUUUCGAGAACACGUUAAUAUUGUUAUUAUAAAAUAAUUAAUACCAAACAUUCAUUUUUUUAAUACAAACGAAUGUGACGACUUGUUAGUACAGGUAAUUUUUUAUGUAUAU